ACCCUCAUUUUUGCUUUGCAGACACGACCCCGCGGUCAGAACGACGAGCUGAGUCUUCUUGAUGAAGACGAUAGCAUGGACCCGGACGAUAAGAUUCACUUCAUGGAAAGUCCGGACUGCUUUCGCAUGCAUAAGCUUCCACGCCUCUUCUCUUGACCGUUCGUUACUGCAACCGCAGCGCGGAGUACUCGUUACGCUGGGCAUGAGUUGGUGAAGUGGACUUAUCACUCCGCAGUUUCGGCAGCGUACCCGCCAGCUUGACGGCCACCAUGUGCAUUUCGAGCUAGACCAAAGUACCG